AUGAAUCGUUUGGCAGUAAAUGGAAGAACAGAUGACAAAUCCAACUCGCCUAUGGCUCGACGAAGUCAUUCAAUAUCAGAUAUACCCAUGCCGUCUUCGUUAACGCUGAAAUCAAGCGAGCUCUCCUUUUCUUGUGAUAUUCCGCAAGCAGCAAAAUUUGGUGUAUGUUUCAUCAGCUAUUAUUUUAUGCUGAUGCCUGAAUCACAAGUUGCACGCUUCGAUCCAUGUCCACCAGAAGAAAGGAUGAAAUCACUACAGAAUCUACUCGCUCAUAUCUACCAUGAGGAAUCAGCGCAAAGCUCAACCAGAGAUUUGACGGAUAGCCUUACAGAAUCAUUCCAAUCCGACGUCAGCUUUGGGUCGCCAAAACGACAUACCUCGGAAACCUUAGAUACAUUAGGUGACGUUACAAGGUGUCAAAAAACUUGGCAGUAUUACAACAUUAUUAUAGCCUAGUC